CCCUGGAAGGGAACACAAGAUGCCUGAUCCUAGCAGGUUGCCUGAUCCUGUUUUCUUCUCAUGAUCAGUUUGUUUCACUGGAUCAGAAACUUGGACAAUUAGAUAAUGUUUAAGAAAGGUGGUCCUCUCUUUGUUAAGGUUGAGCAUCAGGAUGUAAGAAUUUGGGCAGAGCACCUAGGGGUUUACCAUUUGCACUUUUCUUGAGUACUAGGCUGGGUCCUGGAGAUGCAGAUGAACUGACUGGUUCUCCCCUCUGUGUGAGAGACAGACAUGGCCUUAUUGGGGUAUGCUGCAUCUGGGGUCAGGCAGGUCAGCCUGUGAGACAUCCUGGAAUGUGGCAGGAGAAAUAUUGGCCCCCACCCCAUGCUUAGGAAUUUUGCCAGUACCUAUAGUGAUGCCUUUCCACCAGGCUUAUCUUUUUCCCAAACUCACAGGCAGCCUCUAUCCCAGAUUACCGGGGCCCUAAUGGAGUGUGGACGCUGCUUCAGAAAGGCAGAAGUGUGAGGUGAGCAGGCCAAGCGCAGCAUCCCCACACAGAUUGAGUAGGGACAGUAUGGGCCUCAGUGGCAGCUCUGUCACCCUUGGUCUCCCUUCCACCCAGCAGCACUGCCGACCUGAGUGAGGCUGAGCCAACCCUCACCCACAUGAGCAUCACCCGAUUGCACGAGCGGAAGCUGGUGCAGCAUGUGGUGUCUCAGAACUGUGACGGGCUCCAUCUGAGGAGUGGGCUGCCGCGCACCGCCAUCUCAGAGCUCCACGGGAACAUGUACAUUGAAGUGAGCAGUCUCUUGGGGGCCUGGGGCCCAGGAGGCAGGCGGGUCCCACUCACUGUGCUCUCUCGUCCUCAGGUCUGCACCUCCUGCACUCCCAACAGGGAGUAUGUGCGGGUGUUCGACGUGACGGAGCGCACCGCCCUCCACCGACACCAGACAGGCCGGACCUGCCACAAAUGCGGGACCCAGCUCCGGGACACCAUUGUGCACUUUGGGGAGAGGGGGACGUUGGGCCAGCCUCUGAACUGGGAGGCAGCAACCGAAGCUGCCAGUAAAGCAGACACGAUCCUGUGUUUAGGGUCAAGCUUGAAGGUUCUGAAGAAGUAUCCACGCCUCUGGUGCAUGACCAAGCCCCCUAGCCGGCGGCCCAGGCUCUACAUUGUGAACUUGCAGUGGACCCCGAAGGACGACUGGGCUGCCCUGAAGCUUCAUGGGAAGUGUGAUGACGUCAUGCAGCUCCUCAUGGACGAGCUGGGCCUGGAGAUCCCCAUCUACAACAGGUGGCAGGACCCCAUCUUCUCUCUGGCGACCCCUCUACGUGCUGGUGAGGAAGGCAGCCACAGUCGGAAGUCCCUGUGCAGAAGCAGAGAGGAGGCCCCACCUGGGGACCGGGGUGUCCCGCUAAGCUCAGCCCCCAUUCUAGGGGGCUGGUUUGGCAGGGGCUGCCCCAAACGCACAAAAAGGAAGAAAGUGACGUAACCUGAUGCUUGAUGAAGAACUGUGGGCACUUUGCAGAUGGCCCGAAUGCACAUUCAGGGCCAUUGUCCCCCGUGGUGGCUGGGUUGCCACCAUGGGGUCUGGUGAGAAGAACUCUUUUGGGAUGACAUUUUCACCAUGACAUUUUUAGCCAUUUGUCCUCGUGGGAAGCCCCCUUGCACUGCUGUGAUUGUCCCCUGAUAUGGGCUUGACCAUCGAGGACACCUCCCACCCUUCCAGCCUCUACCCAAGGAGGUGGCAGCAGACCUUACUGUGAGGUCAGAGCUCGGGUUAUUUCAGACCUGGCCAGCGCGGAGGAAGUCCAUGUUGCCUUACCUCGUUUACCAGGCUAGUCUCAGGGCCUCACCCUAUUUCUACUACUUGUUACUAAAAAGUGUUAACUUUACAGAAGCCUUUUUCUGUGUUGUGUAUGCAUCAAAGGGGUGGUUCUGAGCAGCGGCUCUGAGCAGACCUUUUUAUUAUUAUUAUUAAACAUCUCUGCCCGGUCUUCCGA